AUGGCUAAUGCUGAGCUUCAAGCAGAGCUAGAAGAGCUAAGAGCUAAAAAUGCAAUUUUACAGUCGGAUCUUCAAAAAGCACGGCUAGAACCUAAACAGGAAAGUUCAAAUGACCAAGUCUGCAGAGUAUCGGUUAAACUUCCGCCGUUUUGGACUGAUAGACCAACUAUAUGGUUCGCGCAAGUCGAAGCUCAGUUCCAUCUUGCCGGCAUUACUACAGAUAUGACUAAAUUUAGCCACGUUAUUGGGGCUAUCGAUCAAAGAGUAAUAGGUGAAAUUGAAGAUAUUAUCAUGAACCCUCCGGAAGAAAACAAAUACCUGAAGCUUAAAGAAGAGCUAAUACGGCGUCUUUCAACAUCAGAGGAACAACGUGUGCGACGCCUUCUCAGUGACGAGGAACUGGGAGAUAGGAAGCCCUCGACAUUUUUACGACACUUAAAAUCUCUUGCUGGAUCAACCCUCAAAGACGAAGGGCUUUUACGACAAUUAUGGCUUCGUCGACUGCCCAACCAGGUACAAGCAAUUCUAGCAGCACAGGCCGAUCUUAGCUUGGACAAAUUGGCAGAUCUGGCCGAUAGAAUUACAGAAGUCACUCCUGGACCUGCUAACGUCUUCGCAAAACCGAAGACGAGAAGAGAAUUCAAGAGCAAACACACCUAA